AUGGCUCUUACUGGUAAGCUCGAGUAUGAGAAGGAAAUCAAGGCCGAUCCAAAGAAGUUCUUUCACUGUUUUAUGGACCACCCGAACCACCUUCACAAGGCCGUAGUCCAUGAAUCUCACCGCGCAACAAUACUUGAAGGAGAUGGAAAGAAUAUAGGCUCUUCUGUACACUUUAAUUAUGCUUUAGAUGGAAAAACUGUUUCGAGCACGGCUGUAAAGAUUGAAGCUGUAGACGAGGAAAAAUAUUCAGUCACACUUAGAUGCUAUGAAGGAGAUGUCAUGAAGCACUACAAAGUAUUCAAGGUGCACUGUCAGGUCUUCACAGGUUCAGCGAAAUGCUGUAUAGAAUAUGAAAAAUUAAAUGAAAGUGUUCCAGAACCAACUGAGUACAUAGACUUUGCACGAAAGAUGUUGGAAGGAAUUUUUAAAGAGUCCGAUCACAAUUAA